AUGAGUUUACGUGCUUUAACUUUAAAGUCGGUUUCAAGACCAAUGAAAAGCAUUGCUUUCCAGAAUGUUCCUACUAUCUGCCAUAUGUCGACGUCAUCAAAGACUCCUGAGCCAAAGGAAAAAGCUGCCUCCAUUAUCGACUCUAUUCCAGGCAACAGUGUAUUAUCUAAGACUGGUAUCUUAGCUACCUCGACUGCAGCUGCUGUGUAUGCGAUUUCUAAUGAAUUAUACGUUAUUAACGAGGAAUCCAUCUUAGUGGGUACUUUCCUUGGUUUUUCUAUAAUCUUUGGUAAAUUCAUUGCCCCUCUAUACAAGGACUAUGCUAAUGACAGAAUUAAACAAGUCUCGGAAAUAUUAAAUGCAUCAAGAAACAAGCAUGUGGAUGCAGUUAAGGAAAGGAUUGACUCUGUCUCAGACUUGAAGAACGUCUCAGCCACUACAAAAGUUUUAUUCGAUGUCUCAAAGGAAACCGUCGAAUUGGAAGCUAAGGCUUUUGAAUUGAAACAAAAAGUCAGUUUGGCUGAAGAAGCUAAAUCUGUCUUAGACUCAUGGGUCAGGUACGAGGCUUCUAUUCGUAAGUUACAACAACAACAAAUCACUGAAUCUGUCAUCUCAAAGGUCCAAUCUGAACUAGAAAAUCCAAAAUUCCAAGACAAGAUUUUACAACAAUCCAUCGUUGAAGUCGAAGAACUUUUAGCAAAAUUAAAAUAA